CAAUUAAUUAUAAAAUUGUAGAAUCUGAAAUUGGAGGUUAUCUUUUACUACAUUUUGGAAUUUUGAUGCCAGUUUUUUAGAGUUUUCCUGUGAAGAAUAAAUAAUAAGUACACAAUAUCUUUUGAAAAAAAUAAAAAUAUUCUUUAAUUAUUGGUCAUCUAAUCGACUAAUCCUGUAUUAAAACUCCCAACUGUUGACUUUCAGCUCUUACUUCUCUCUGUUUUAUAAUUUCUCUGCCGCAUUCUCCAGUUUGUGGGAUGGGUAAAAGAUACAGCUUUGCCACAGUUUUUCUCCUCUUUGUGCUGUUCAAUUCUGCCUUUGCUGCUCGUGAUGAUGGGCUGCUGAGGAUUGGGUUAAAGAAGAGGAAAUUGAAUCAGAUUAAUCGGGUUUCGGAUGGCCUUGAGUCGAAGCAGGGGGGUUUAGUGAAGGAUUAUUACAAAUUUCGCGGUGUUAAUGUAAAUUCGGGUGCUGAUAUCAUUGCUUUGAAGAACUAUUUGGAUGCUCAGUAUUUUGGUGAGAUUGGCAUUGGGACGCCCUCACAAAAAUUCACUGUGAUUUUCGACACUGGGAGUUCGAAUCUUUGGGUGCCAUCAUCAAAAUGCUACUUUUCUGUAGCUUGCCUCUUCCAUUCGAAGUACAAGUCGAGCCAUUCAAGCACCUACAAGAAGAAUGGUAAAUCUGCGGCAAUUCAAUAUGGAAGUGGAUCUAUCUCCGGGUUUUUCAGCCAAGAUCAUGUUCAGAUUGGUGACCUUAUUGUAAAGGAUCAGGAUUUUAUCGAAGCUACAAAAGAACCGGGCAUCACGUUCUUGGCGGCUAAGUUUGAUGGCAUUCUCGGACUUGGAUUCCAGGAGAUUUCUGUUGGCAAUGCUGUUCCUGUCUGGUACAACAUGGUGAACCAAGGUCUUGUGAAAGACCCGGUUUUCUCAUUUUGGUUUAACCGUGGUGCUAACGAAGAAGAAGGUGGUGAACUCGUUUUUGGUGGCGUUGAUCCCAACCAUUUCAAGGGCGAGCACACCUAUGUUCCCGUCACUCAGAAGGGUUAUUGGCAGUUUGACAUGGGUGACGUUCUCAUUGGCGGGGAAUCCACAGGAUUUUGCGCUGGCGGCUGCUCGGCAAUUGCAGACUCUGGAACUUCGUUGCUGACAGGACCAACUACCGUGAUCACUCUCAUUAAUCAUGAAAUCGGAGCUGCUGGGGUCGUAAGCCAAGAAUGCAAGUCCGUCGUUUCCCUUUAUGGGCAAACCAUAUUGGAUAUGUUGUUGUCUGAGAAUGAACCUCAGAAGGUCUGCUCCCAGGUUGGUUUGUGCUCCUCUGAUGGCACUCGAGAUGUUAGUAUGAUUAUUGAGAGUGUGGUGGACAAGGAAAGCAAUUCACCCGGCCUCCAUGAUGAAAUGUGCACGGUUUGCGAAAUGGCAGUCGUAUGGAUGCAAAACCAACUCAGGCGGAACGAAACACAAGAAAUGAUUCUGGACUAUAUUAAUCAGCUCUGUGAUCGGCUUCCCAGUCCGAUGGGCGAAUCAUCUGUCGACUGCAAUGCCCUUUCUUCGAUGCCCAAUGUUUCCUUUACCAUUGGUGGUAAAUCAUUUGCUCUCACCCCGGAGCAGUACGUCCUGAAAGUCGGCGAGGGCGACGUAGCUCAGUGCAUCAGCGGAUUCACAGCCUUGGACGUGGCCCCACCCCGCGGCCCUCUAUGGAUUCUGGGGGAUGUUUUCAUGGCGCAGUAUCACACCGUCUUCGACUAUGGGAAUACGAAGGUUGGGUUUGCUGAAGCUGCUUGAAAUAAUUCUUGCCUUAUUAUUACCAGCUUUAAUUCUUCAAUAUUUGAAGCUGUUGUAUGACAUAUAUGUAUCUACUUGCAUGAGUUUAUUCAGCUUAUGUGAUUCUGUAAAUCAAAUAAUUUAAACCUUUUACGGGAUAUACAUUAUAUAUACAAUUCCGGUCAAGAAUA